AUGGCGUCGUCGACUUCGUUCACCGAAGGUGGACAAGGAGGAGGAGGAGGAGAUGUCAACGACCCGUUCUAUUUAGUUCGAGAGGAAAUCUCCGAUUCCGUUUCCACGUGCGAGAGUUCCUUCUCUCGAAUACAUAACUUACAAACACUCACACAAAAGAAGGAAACGUGCAUAAACAUCUCCUCUGAAAUUGAUUCGUUGUUGUGGCAGUUGAACGAACUCGAUCGAGCGACAGAAGCCGCGGAGAGAGAUCCGAAUAGAUUUCGAGUUUCGAGAGAGGAGUUGGAACGAAGGAAAGCGUGGACUUCGCAAACGAGAGAGAGGUUGAACGUUUUAAAAGGACGAGUGGAAAACAUGAUGAUGAACAGUAGCAACUCCCUUAAUAGCGAACAAAACAGAGUGAAAUCUGUUCUAGAUCAAAACCGAAACACGAUAGACGAUUACAUGCUCUCGGAUGAACGCGCGACGCAAGACCAGCUGUUCGCCAAUCAAGACGAGCAGUUGGAGGAUUUAUCCCACCACAUACGAACGAUCGGGAACGUCGGGAAAACUAUAGGCGAAGAGUUAGAGCAGCAAGGGAGGAUGUUAGAAGAUUUAGAGGAAGAAACGGAAGGGGUGAGAGCGAGAAUGCAAGCCGCGAAUCAGAUGAUGAUUCACGUUUUUAAGAAAGCCGGCGUUCGAGCGCAGUUGUGCACCGUGUUCGCGUUGACGAUUAUAUUAGUGUUGCUGUUCAUGGUUGCUUUUGGAUCCGUGUGA